AUGAGCUCUGACGUGCUGACGCGCUAUCGACCUUCGCCCAGCCCGUCUCGGGAAUUGGCGCAGCGAUCUUCUUCGUCAUCGUCUUCAGCUGCUCUGGUGCAUGCCCUUGCAUCUCAAGAUGGGAUCCCACCGAUACAAAAUCUCAAGGAGCUUCACGCCAGCCUCUUGAGCCUACGUGCAGAGACCGAGCAGCGAAGUGCGCGUCUGGUGAAGGACCAAGAUGACAUCUCCAAGGGUAGACUUCCCCUUUCAAAAGCCCGCUCGAUCUCAAAUGUUUCCGCUUCUGGCUCAGCGAGCAAGCCAAAGCCAAAACCAGGGAGCCUGGCCUCACCGCCAUCGCGGGUCAUCACACCGGGCCCCUCGGCGUCACCAGCACCAGUGUCGGCGCCUCCAUUGGCCCCACUGUCCGCGUCGGCUUCACAAGGGGUUGGCACGGGGUCUGGGGCCAAUGUGGGAGGCAAGCCUCGCAAGAGCAAGGUCAAGCGAGAAGCGAGCACAGGUGCCCAGAGUAGCGGCCCAAGGCAAGGUAGCGAAGCCAGUCCAGGUCUGGACUCGGACAUGGUCUGGGAAGAUGCUCCGCUGGCUCGACCCGGAAGGACCUACAACAACAAAAGGGGAAGAUUGGGGACGGCAGAUUCUCAAGACGAUUCGUCGACGUCUGAAUUUGCUUCGCCUCAGCCUCCAAGCUCCCAGAAACCGGGUUCGCAAGCCCAGCCCCAGCAAGACCCGCAGCAAGUAUCGCAUGUCCAACCCCAGCAACAGUCAUCGUCGACCGACAGCAAUGUCAGCGCGAGAGGCCUCGGCUCAAACUUAUAUGCUGGGCCCAGCAGCUCUACGGGACCCUCAUCCUCGAACCUGGGCAUCAAGCUUAAGCUCAAUCCAACUGCGUCUACAGCGUCCCAGCACCAACGACGAGACUCGGCUGCGUCGGCUCACCUGCGGCGAGGCUCGACGUUUCGAGGCGACUCUCCUGUCGCCUCCACCCCCAUGACACCCGCUCAGGCGUCUCAGGCGGCAAUGUGGGAGCUUCCGAAGAAGACACCAGAGACCUUCGUUCCGAAAUUGGCGCCAACAAAGCCACCAAGGCCCUACCCCACGAAGCAGGACGAUGUCGACGUUGACUUUGCCAAGAUGGAUUGGCGCGAGAGAGACAAGGAGAGGGACAGACUGGAGGCCGUGGCUGCGGCUGCAUCUGGACCUGGGCCAGGUCAAGCCAUCGUCAAGGAGACGGCCGUGCAGCGAGCAAGGGAUCGGAAGCAAGAGCAAGUGCCUCAUCACACUUUUCAGAGCUGGGUCGACGCCUACUUCAGGACGAUGACCGAAGAGGAUCUGGCGUGGCUAUCGAGCAAGUCAGAAGACAUGGAGCCUUUUCAGAUUCCACCACUUGGAAGGCAUUACAGUGAGGUGUGGGAGGAAGAGGAUACGAGCAGCGCGUCUGCUGCUGCACUGGGCUACCCUCCGACCCCAGGUUCUUCGACCUUUUCAACGCUAGGAGCAUCCUCGGUCCGUCCAGGAGCGAAUGGAGUCGGGACCUCAGCAGCAGGGUCGGUAGGGCCGAACGGAGUCCAUGCCAAGAGCAGGAGCGGACUCAAUCAGCUGGCAAUCGAGCCUGCGCCCAAGUUCGAUCCACGACAUAUGCGUGAUGAGCAUGUCUUUGGUACGGCGCAGGAGGAUGCGCGUGGAGGACCAUUCACCGAGCGAUUGAUCGCCGCUUUACUGCCGACCAGCGUCAGCACGAGCAGCGGCAAUGGCGGCGCCCAUGGCUCCGACCUUUCGUCCAAUGGUGUGGCAAUGGACAUGGGGAACAGCUCAGCGGGAGGCCUUGUCUUGAACGGGCACCAUGGAGAAGGAGGCGAAGGGGCAAGCCGAAGUCAGGACAUGGCUGAAUUUGAAGAACGGAUUCGGCGAGAAUUAAAGGCCUUAGACGUCGUGCCGGCAACGGGGAGCUUGACCGGUGUUGUUGGUACUGGCACUGGAGAUGCAGACGUAGACUGGUCCAAUCGGACCGAUGACGAGAUCUCUUCGACGUUGCGACAAGUGCAACGAGCCCUUCGUCGACAGAUGAGAAUCAACGAACUGCGAAAAUCGCGGCUUUUCAAAAUCGCACAUGAUCGGUUGGCCUGGCAGGAUUACAUGACUGCGCUCAACACGACCGAGAGGGAGAUCGAGCAGGGAUGGAUGAAGAGGCAAGCGCAGAUCCGAAAGAGUUUGCAGGCGCAGAAGAAGAAAAAGGGCGGCGCUGGACAUAGCGGUGGAGCUCCCUCCUCAUCUUCGAGCGGGCCUCCGGGCUCGUCGAGUGCGACAAACUCUCUUGUAGCCGCGGCGACGGCAGCGGCUUCCAGUGGUCCGGGAACGCCUGGGGGAGCACCGAGCUCUGAUCUUGCGCACGAUGCCUCGAUGCCAGCCAGCGUCGGGACACCGGGUGGGUCGACUACCGAAACAAGGCAUGCAGGGCCGAUCCGCCCUCAAUUCUCUGAGCAGCUCAUCACGGCCAUGAAGAGAAGAACAAAGCUGCAUGAUGGCUUGUACCCCCUCAUGAGGCACCUCCCCCACGCCUUCAAGACGCCGACGAACAGCGACGAAUCCGUUUAUCGCGACUUGGACUUGUCGGGAGAGUGAUCUACACGACAUCGCGCUCACCUCAGCCACCAUCUCGCUUGUACAUUUCUCUCACCGUUCUUACCUCGGAAGCCAUACAUUAGAUUCCCGCUCCGUCCACAUGGUCGCUCAAAAGCAGCAGCAAGGGCCUGAAAGUGUGUAUGAGUAAAUUGAAGGAGGAGAGUAGUCAAGGGUUGCAUGUACAGCUUCAAGAUGUGCUACCGACGGCCUGUCCAAAUGCACUGUUGAACUUGAGGAGGU